AUGAAGAUAGCCUCAAAGUCCUACGUCAAAUGGAAGUUACUACGAGCUCGGCCUGUGCAGCAGCAUCUGAUAUUUGUGUUUUGGAUACCAUUGUAUGUUUUCUGGAUUUCAUAUGAAGUGAUGGCCCAGUCUUCUUUUGGAGACAUUUCCAUUAUCCUUCUGUCUGCGAUUGGAGCAUUUCAUGCACUGGCCUAUCUGAUCGCAUAUCACUGGUCGCUUUUCGUCAAUUCUUUCAAUGCAUUUAAAAGAUCGCAAUGUAUUGAAGAUGCCACACAUAUUUACUUGGAGUCCUUUUUGUCACCCGUUGCAAUUGUUCCGAUUUUACAACAUUCCGAUUCGGCUGGAAGAAAGUACUUUUCUUUCACCCAUUUAGAGGCGCGUUUCUUGUGCUUUGAUGGACAAACCUUCAUCAAAGCAAAAUGGCUUUCUUCUCUUCACCAUGACGAUCGCGAUUGCCAACAUCCAAAGUCUCUUACUUGCGGAAAUGAGUCGGAAAAUGUGAUCCGUUUCCUUAAACAGGUUUUCGGAAAAAAUUCGUUGACCAUUCCAAUUCCGUCUUUUAUGUCGCUGAUGAAAGAGCACGUAAUUGCGCCCUUUUUUGUUUUUCAGUUGGUAUGUGUGGGACUGUGGAUUUUGGAUACUUACUGGUAUCACUCCUUGAUGAUACUUGCGAUGCUCUUUAUUUUCGAGGCAACAGUGGUGUUCCAGCGUUUGAAAAAUAUGAAUGAAAUUAGAGGCAUGGCACCUCCACCGCAAUCCUGUCUUGUUCUGCGGUGUAAUCAAUGGGUGUCUGGCGUUUCCUCAGAAGAUUUAUUACCAGGCGACAUCAUCGGAUUACCUAGCGAGUUUGGUGAUGUUUUAUCGGUCCCUGCCGAUAUGCUUAUCUUGUAUGGCUCUUGUAUUGUCAACGAGGCACUGUUGUCUGGUGAAAGUACCCCUUGUAUGAAGGAGAGUAUGGAAAUUUCGGCUGCCGUGAUGGACGAGAUAAAACGGAAAAAAUCGAUUUCUUUCAAGUCGGCAUUUAAAACAAGUGCCAUUUUUGGCGGUACCAAAAUCCUUCAAAUUACCUCGAACUCCGCAACCGAGAAUGAUCUUAACCUUGCAUAUGGUGAGGUGCCGCAGGGGAUUGCCCUGAUUGCCCUUGUGGUCCGAACGGGAUUUCUAACAACUCAAGGAAAGCUUGUUCGAACCAUGUGCCUCGGCCGGGAGCGGAUUAGUGCCAAUAAUGCCGAAGCCGGAUAUUUCAUUUUGUUUCUGCUUUUUUUUGCCAUUGUUGCUGCCAUUUACGUUUGGAAUGCGGCAUUGACGGAGGAUCCAGAUCGAUCUCGCUGGCGUUUAUUGGUGCAAUGUCUGCUGAUCAUCACAUCGGUGGUACCCCCUGAGCUCCCCAUGGAGCUUUCCAUGGCCAUCAAUGCUUCGCUUCUUGCUCUCUCAAAAUUGUCCAUCUUUUGCACAGAACCAUUCAGACUGCCCAUUGCGGGGUCAAUUGAUGUGUGUUGCUUUGAUAAAACCGGUACGCUUACUCAAAGCCAUCUCGAAUUCAUCGGGAUUACAGGCAUCGAUUCUGGCAAAAAAAAGUCAACCCCAUGUGCUCUGAUAAAGGAUCCGGGUGAAAUCCCAGGAACUGCUCAAUUGGUGAUUGCAUCGUGUCAUUCUUUAGUGUUGUUGAACAACACCGCUGCUGGAGACCCAUUGGAGGUUGCUGCGUUGGAUUCGAUUCCAUGGUCCUUGUCUUCAACUAAAGGUAGCAGUAAAAUUGUGGAAAAAGUUGCCAAUCUUCCGGCCCUGUUGGCAAUCAUGAAACGGUUUGCAUUUUCGCCUUCUUUGAAACGAAUGUCUGUGAUGGUUGAGAUCGAGCAAACUUCGAAAACCAUUUCAUCGGCCCUACCGGAAGUGCAAAAUAGAACACGCUUUGUCACGUGUAAAGGCGCUCCAGAGUCUAUUUAUCCCCUUUUGGUUGACCCGCCCACAUGGUUCUUUGAUGUUGCCGAGCAAUAUGCGUCCGAAGGCUGUCGGAUCAUCGCCUUGGCAUUUAAAUGCCUUGGAAUCAAGGGAAAGGACCUUGAUCGUGUGUCUGCUGAAUCGGGACUCACUUUUGCUGGCUUUUUGAUAUUUGGCGCCUCAAUGAAAAAGGAAGCAUGCGAAGUGAUUGCAAAGCUAUCUGCUUCGCAUCACAAAAAUGUCAUGAUCACCGGGGAUCAUGCGCUGACGGCUAUCCAUGUUGCGAAAAAGCUUCAGUUUGGACAGGAGGAUGCCGAUGAUAGCUCCUCUUGCACGUCUGAAAAACCCACGUAUUUGCUGCUCGAUUGUGAUGUUGAAGAGAGCGGGGACGAAAAACAGCGCUCCAUUGCCGUUUCUAACUUGCAUUCGAAAUCGAACUCUGUCUUUUCUGAUGACGAGCAGCUAAUUUCGUUUUUAUCUUCGCCAGGUUUGUCAAAGUUUCGCAUUGCAAUAACGGGGCCAGCCUUUGAGGUUUUGUCUUUGCGGUGUCCCCAGUGGCUGCAAUCAUGGCUUGUCAAGAGAAUUACCGUUUGUGCCCGGUUUUCGCCUUCCAACAAGGUAACCAGUUGUGAGGAGGGUUUACAUCAUCAUCAUAGGAAGACAUUUUGCGGCUGUUCAAGGCUCUCGGCUGGUCUACUUUGA